AUGGCGCCCUCGACACCGCUCUCCAUCGCAACUGGCGCUGUCCAGAGGCUGGUCAAGGAAGAAGCAUCCUACCAGCGCGAGAAGAAGGACCAGGAACAGCGUCUCGAUAAGCUAUCAAAGGAGACCUCCGAUGAUGAGAACCGCGAGUACAUGCUCAAUCAAGAGCGCAAAGCUCUAGAGGAGACUGAGAAGCUUCUUCCCCAGCUAAAACAGAAGAUCAACGAGGCGGUUGCAAAGUUGGAGCGUUUGCUUGUGAGUUUGGCAUUCUGCAUUUGCUAG